AUGGCUUUGAGCAACUUCGAUCGCAGACGAAUAAACGGCCCGGAAGAGAGCUUCUCUCCUGUGUUCGCGUCGGACGAAGAGGACGAGUCUCUGCUAGUGACGCCAGGAAAAUCCCGUCAAGGACGGUCCGCAGGAGACAUUCGGCCUGUUUUUCUUGAAGCUGGCCUGAUCAAUCAGGCGAACGGUUCAGCGUAUAUUGAGACGGAGCGAACAAAAAUUGCGUGCGGUGUUUAUGGCCCUCGCCAGUCAAAAACUACAGUAUAUAGCGAGCAGGGGCGUUUGAACGUGGAAGUCAAGUUUACACCUUUCUCUUGCACACGCAGAAGGGUGCCUAUUCACGAUGCCGAAGAUAGGUCAGUAGCCGUGCAAAUAUAUCAAGCGCUGCUCCCUGCCGUGAGGUUGGAAUUACUGCCGAAGUCUACAAUCGACGUCUACAUUACCAUCAUAGAGAAUGACGGUAUUGAAGGCUGUAUAGCAGCGGGUUCCGUAGCUGCUAGUGCUGCUCUUGCGGACGCAGGGAUUGAAAUGCUAGGGUUGGUCGUGUCGUGCGCUGCAUCUGCCAUAGGGAAGGAGAUCUGGUUAGACCCAACAGAGGUUGAAGCAGAGGCUGCAUCGGGCAGCUUAAUUUUGGCUGGUAUGCCGGCUUUAGAUACUAUCACAAGUAUCUGGCAGUCAGGUCGUUUGACGUCAGCUGAAAUCGUCAAGUGCAUGGAGGCCUGCCAAGAAAGAUGUGAGGAUAUACAUGCUGUAGUCGCUCAAGGACUUCUUCUGAAUGCACAGAAUUGA